AUUGUAGACAGGCUGGUAUUUGUUCUUUUAGGGCCUGAGCACCAAUAGCGGCCGUGUGCUGGCCUAUUGGUGAUCGGGGCCAUGCCGCGUGAGAUCAUCACAUUGCAGGUGGGGCAAUGUGGCAAUCAGAUCGGUGCGGAGUUCUGGAAGCUUUUGUGCGCAGAGCACGGCAUCAGUCAACGUGGCAUUUUGGAAGACUUUGCGACAGCCGGAGAUGACCGGAAGGACGUGUUCUUCUAUCAAGCUGAUGAUGAGCACUACAUCCCGAGAGCCUUGCUUUUGGACAUGGAACCUCGAGUCAUCAACGUCAUUCAAACCUCCGAGUAUGCAGAGUUAUACAAUCCUGAAAACGUCUUUAUCUCCAAAGAUGGUGGUGGUGCUGGGAACAACUGGGCGAAAGGCUACAGCCAGGCCGAGAAGGUUCAGGAGGAAGUAUUUGACAUGGUGGACCGCGAAGCAGAUGGUAGCGACAGUUUGGAGGGUUUUGUGCUGAUCCAUUCCAUUGCCGGCGGCACUGGGAGCGGCAUGGGUUCCUUUCUGCUGGAAGCCAUCAACGACAGAUACCCAAAGAAGUUGGUUCAGACAUAUUCGGUCUUUCCAUUGCUUUCCUCGGAAACCAGUGAUGUCGUGGUGCAGCCCUACAAUUCAGUACUGACGCUGAAGAGGUUGGCGCUGAAUGCGGAUUGCGUGGUGGUCUUGGACAACACCGCGUUGAAUCGCAUCGCCAUGGAUCGCUUGAAGUUAAACAAUCCCACGUUUGCCCAGAUCAACUCCCUGGUCUCCACGGUGAUGGCUGCCAGUACCACCACCUUGAGAUAUCCCAGUUACAUGAACAACGACUUGAUUGGCAUGUUGGCAUCACUGAUCCCAACGCCCAAGUGCCAUUUUCUGAUGACGGGCUAUACACCCUUGACUAUAGACAGACAGACCUCGACUGUGCGAAAGACCACCGUCUUAGAUGUGAUGCGACGGCUGCUUCACACCAAGAACAUCAUGGUUUCUUGUUCAACACGAAGGGGCGUCUACAUCUCCAUCCUGAACAUCAUCCAGGGCGACGUGGACCCAACGCAGGUGCACAAGAGUCUUCAGAGGAUUCGCGAGCGGAAACUGGCGAAGUUCAUCCGCUGGGGCCCUGCCAGCAUCCAGGUGGCACUGUCGAGACAAAGUCCCUACCUGCAGCAGGCGCAUAAGGUGAAUGGCUUGAUGUUGGCCAACCACACCGCGAUUUGUCAACUCUUUGACCGCUGCGUGAAGCAGUACGAAAAGCUGCGAUCUAGGAACGCCUUCUUGGAGAACUACAGGCAAGAGCCACUCUUUGCAGAGAGUUUGGACGAGUUCGAUCAUGCCAAGGAGGUGGUGGUAUCUCUUAGUGACGAGUACAAAGCAGCGGAGGGCGAGGACUACAUCAAGUGGGGCCUCAUGGGGGACCAGGACAUCAACCUGCCCCCCUCUUAUGCUGCUGCUGAUCCGAGAAUGCCAUGAGCAAAAAA